AUGAUGCGAUCGCGCGAUCCGCGCAUCCGGCAGCGGAUCAAUCAGAUUUCUCAUAACAUCGAGUCCGCCAACGAGACCGCUCAGGAAGGACUAUAUGCUUUUUCACAAAACUACAUCUCCCCUUGUUUGAGCUCUAUUUCGAACUGCAUUAAUGUGUGCACCGCCCCAUGUUUUCCGAGCCCCGAGGAUCAGCUACGGCGCCGGCGCCGGGGUCAGGCCGAGGCUAACUUCGACUUCUACGAUGACUGGGAUAAUGCCGAAGAAGAGGACGGCUUGCUAGGGUGGGGUACAGGGGAACUGGACCGUCUUCUGGCGGGCAGUGGUUUGGGCCGAAGUACGGAGCAACCACGCCAGCCGCGAAGGAUGAGUUACGGUACACGUCACACAAGGCGGAGUACAGUACUCACAAAUGACCGUACCGAUCCGACGGUCAUUCCUAGCUCCUCUUUCUUAGGAUUUCUGGAACGCUUUCCCUGGAGAUUUGGUGCGAAGGGAGUCAAAUACCAUCCCUCCGCAGCGGACUUGCAAGAACAUCCGGGUAGCUCUCGACGCUAUGCGCACGAGGAUGAGCCACUGAUGGAGGCGACCGAUGAUAUUGAAGGGCGAAUAUCCUACAAUGAUAAUGGAAGAAAUCGAAGUGGAACCGGUUCGUCUCGCGAUACUUCUAACUCCCUCAGCUCUCGUGGGGAUCUCCUGCCGAGUGACGAAGAAGAAGACGCCGUUCCGCUAGACGAUGAAUUUGCACUUGUUUUCGCACGUCGUGGGACUGGCUUGGAAUCAGAUGAUCAGGGCUCAAAAUCAGAAAUGGUGAGAUCCGCUUCUGGCACAUCCAGUUUAGGGGAUGCAUCAUCCAAGAAGUCAAAUCGCAAAAAAAAGAAGCGUUCAUCCACAAAAUCACAAAUGAGCACAGACCAAGAGAUCGUCCAUGAUUUCGAUAAUCCUUCAAUCGCGGAUUCGCAAGUCGAGAAGGAUCAAGCUAGACAUGAAGAAUUAAUGAUCAAAAAGAACCGAGUUGCUGCACAACAAUUGGCUGCCAAACGAGGUCUUCCUCUCGACAAUAACGACAUGGCAACAUCACCAUCACCAAGGGAACAAAUUUCCAGGCUACCCUCCCACCGAAGGUUCUUGCUGUCGGGCGAACAGCACCUUGAUAAUACCGAUCAAAGGUCCGUUGGGUCGUCAAUCCGACGAUUUUCAGGCGACCAAACCGAACCAUUCCCGCCAUUCUCGUUACCGGAAUCUCCUGUCACCUCAUCCAAACCUAACUCCAUUAAUAACCCCGGUGACGAGGUAGAUCUGGCUGGUGAUACCGGUCGUCCUGGUACUGACAUUCAAUGA